AUGGAGGAUUCAAAAUUCACUCCGUGGCUGUGCUACGCUGUGGCAAGAGGUGAGCGUGAUGACUCUCGCCUAAUGGAGGAUUCAAAAGUCACUCCGUGGCUGUGCUACGCUGUGGCAAGAGGUGAGCGUGAUGACUCUCGCCUAAUGGAGGAUUCAAAAGUCACUCCGUGGCUGUGCUACGCUGUGGCAAGAGGUGAGCGUGAUGACUCUCGCCUAAUGGAGGAUUCAAAAGUCACUCCGUGGCUGUGCUACGCUGUGGCAAGAGGUGAGCGUGAUGACUCUCGCCUAAUGGAGGAUUCAAAAGUCACUCCGUGGCUGUGCUACGCUGUGGCAAGAGGUGAGCGUGAUGACUCUCGCCUAAUGGAGGAUUCAAAAGUCACUCCGUGGCUGUGCUACGCUGUGGCAAGAGGUGAGCGUGAUGACUCUCGCCUAAUGGAGGAUUCAAAAGUCACUCCGUGGCUGUGCUACGCUGUGGCAAGAGGUGAGCGUGAUGACUCUCGCCUAAUGGAGGAUUCAAAAGUCACUCCGUGGCUGUGCUACGCUGUGGCAAGAGGUGAGCGUGAUGACUCUCGCCUAAUGGAGGAUUCAAAAGUCACUCCGUGGCUGUGCUACGCUGUGGCAAGAGGUGAGCGUGAUGACUCUCGCCUAAUGGAGGAUUCAAAAGUCACUCCGUGGCUGUGCUACGCUGUGGCAAGAGGUGAGCGUGAUGACUCUCGCCUAAUGGAGGAUUCAAAAGUCACUCCGUGGCUGUGCUACGCUGUGGCAAGAGGUGAGCGUGAUGACUCUCGCCUAAUGGAGGAUUCAAAAGUCACUCCGUGGCUGUGCUACGCUGUGGCAAGAGGUGAGCGUGAUGACUCUCGCCUAAUGGAGGAUUCAAAAGUCACUCCGUGGCUGUGCUACGCUGUGGCAAGAGAGGUGAGCGUGAUGACUCUCGAGUCGCCUCAAAAGUCACCUCGUGGCUGUGCUGCUCUGUGGCAAGAGGUGAGCGGGGAGUGGAAGCCUGAGGUGACAUCGCAGCACAGCCGGGGAGGGCACGAGCAGCAGGUGUGGGCAGCAGCGGCAGCCAUGAGGCAUCCCACACUGCACCCCUCAGUGCAAGUGGUGACGGGCACUGUGUCUUAUCCCUGUGCAUAUCUCUUCAAUGCCAUCCCGCCCCACCAGGCACGAGCAGCAGGUGUGGGCCGCAGCAACAGCCAUGAGGCCUUCCACUCUGAACCCCUCAGUGCAAGUGGUGACACUCGCUUCCUCCCUUCUCGCCCUCUCCAACCCCACACUCCACCUCCCCAUGUCUUGACUGUGCCUUGA